UAAUUAAAACCCUAGAAUUUGGGAUUUUGAUGCUGAAUUCGAAAUGGUAGGCAAUUCGCUAGCUGGACUACAAGAUCACUUGAAAUUGGCUCGAGAAUACGCUGUUGAAGGUCUCUACGACACUUCAAUUAUCUUCUUCGAUGGCGCCAUUGCCCAGAUCAACAAGCAUCUUAGUACAGUUGAUGACCCUUUAAUUCAUUCCAAAUGGAUGAAUGUGAAGAAAGCACUGUCAAAGGAGACAGAAGUUGUGAAGCAAUUGGAUGCUGAGAGAAGAUCAUUUAAGGAAGCUCCUAAUGGGAGGCGUCCUUUUUCACCACCAAUUAAUGCUAAGUCGUCUUUUGUUUUCCAACCAUUAGACGAGUACCCGACUUCAUCAGGUGCCCCAAUGGAUGAUCCUGAUGUGUGGAGGCCUCCAAGUCGGGACACUACAACUAGAAGACCUGCGAGGGCUGGCCAAGUAGGCAUGAGAAAAUCUCCCCAAGAUGGAACUUGGGGCCGUGGUAAUACUAGGACUACAACUGGCCGUGGUGCAAAGGCUGGUGGUUCAAGUAGAACUAACACAUGUGCCAGAGCAUCUACAACUGGAAAGAAAGGCACUGGUUCUGGGAAACCUAGCAAAGGCGAUUCAACAAAUGGUGAUGCUGAAGACGGAAAGUCAAAGAGGUCACAGUAUGAGGGACCUGAUCCAGAUUUAGCUGAAAUGCUGGAAAGGGAUGUCUUAGAAACCACUCCUGGUGUACGAUGGGAUGAUGUUGCUGGCUUGACUGAAGCAAAAAGGCUUUUAGAGGAAGCUGUUGUUCUUCCUUUAUGGAUGCCUGAAUAUUUUCAGGGAAUUAGGAGGCCUUGGAAAGGUGUUCUUAUGUUUGGCCCUCCUGGAACUGGCAAAACUCUCCUGGCUAAAGCAGUUGCCACUGAGUGUGGAACAACAUUUUUCAAUGUUUCAUCGGCUACAUUAGCCUCAAAGUGGCGUGGGGAGAGUGAACGCAUGGUUCGGUGCUUGUUUGAUCUUGCAAGAGCUUACGCACCUAGUACAAUUUUUAUUGAUGAGAUUGACUCCCUUUGCAAUGCUCGUGGGGCUUCUGGUGAGCAUGAAUCAUCUAGAAGGGUAAAAUCUGAACUUCUUGUUCAGGUAGAUGGUGUCAAUAAUACUGGAACAAAUGAAGAUGGUAGUCGUAAGAUAGUGAUGGUUUUGGCUGCGACUAAUUUCCCAUGGGACAUAGAUGAGGCUCUCAGGAGGCGACUGGAAAAGCGUAUUUACAUUCCUCUGCCUAAUUUUGAGAGUCGUAAGGAGCUUAUUCGCAUAAAUUUAAAAACAGUUGAGGUGGCUACUGAUGUGGAUAUAGACGAAGUGGCUCGUCGAACAGAGGGAUAUAGUGGUGAUGACCUCACGAAUGUUUGUCGUGAUGCUUCCUUGAAUGGCAUGAGACGUAAAAUAGCGGGAAAGACACGAGACGAAAUCAAAAACAUGUCGAAAGACGAGAUUUCAAAUGAUCCUGUUGCGAUGUGUGAUUUCAAAGAAGCGUUGGUGAAGGUCCAGAGAAGUGUUUCUCAGGCUGAUAUCGAGAAACACGAAAAAUGGUUUACUGAAUUUGGAUCUGCGUAAACAAAAUCUAAAUCCGUGGUUCCCCCCCCCCCCCCCGCGAGGGUUUAUUGAGUUUUUUUGGUUUCCUGAUAAGUGUGCAUGAAAAAGGUGUUCAAUUCACUGUCAUUAAUUAGAUUGAUUGGAAUUUGAUUUAUUCAUUUAAAAAUGGUUGAUUGUUUGUAAUCCUAGUGUUUACGAAUGUUCUUAUG